UUAUUGGAUAUUUAUGCUACAGUAAAACUUAGAAAAAAGGUUGAAUUAUUUUCUGUUUUGAGCUAUACGCAAAAGCUAUGGUAGGGUCCACGAUUGGCAGGAUCGUGAAACGAAGUAGUACGGAAGAUAUUUUUGAUCAAGUUCAUGUCAAGCGUCCAAAAUUACCAAGUCACGGUUUUCGGGACAUGGAGCAAUCUGGUACGCUGCCAGGCGGCCAUUCAUACGACUCACAACAAAACUCAUUAAGUUGUAAAAGCGACGCUGAAUGGCUUGCCGAUGAACUGUUCUAUCGGACCCCUGGUACCGAACAAGCAAUGUGCGACGACUGGGAUACGACCAGCUACUUUACCGACGACGAGGAAUACGAUUUAUCGAACGACUUACCCGUACGGAUUACUUCGCCUGGCUCGACUUCGUCUAACCAGGAAUCGGAAGGUUACGGAAGCGAUACGUCCGACGUAGUCGACAUUUUGAAAAAUGAAACCGCCAAGCCAACCGUAAAAGCGGCCAUUACUCAAACUGUACAAGAAGUGACAGCUGCUCCCGGGAAAUUAAAAGCAAAAUUGGAAACCGGGCCGAUUCGUAUCAGCACCACCAAGAAACUUGUACCAGUAACGGGCAAAGUGGCGUGCGUAAACGCGCGGUCGAUACCAAAGACGGCAAAAAUUUACCAACUACCUCAAUCGUGUGUAAAGCUGAAAAAAGAACCCACGAGAGUAGAGACCAAAUCCCGCAGAACUGUAGUUCUUCGCAUAAUAAAGUCAUCACACGGAAAACAAAGUGAAAAAAUGGGUAGUCGCGCUAACAUGAAGAUGCAGUUACAAAGGGACAAGGCCCUUAUGGAAGAGAAGAGAUUAAGACAAGCUUCACAAAAUGCAGCUCAAGCCUCAAAAAGUUCUUCAUCUUCAACUAUUAACAUGCCAGUUGUAACUCUAACUUCUCCCCCCCAACUACCUGUACAAGUGCUUAAGGUUGAGACUGGCCUACAGAACCCGACCCAAUACCAUGUUCGUGAAACACAACGUAACCAAGUUCGUGAGUACAUCAGUCAGUCUCAUAAAGAUGGUUCCAAAUACAUGGUCCGCCAGCUAUUCAACCCUUCGCAAAGCGCUCCCACCAACGCAGGUGACGCAUUCCAUGCUAACAGUACACCAGCGAGUCCUCUAGCUCGUCUCAACUUGUCCACAGACCCGAUGACCGACAUAAUAGACGACAUUGUCAGCCUUGAGUCAAGCUUCGGAGACGAGCCUCGCUUCGACCGUAACGCUACAACUCUCCAAACAGUUUCCCCGUCUGACCUUGGAAGUUUCGCCCGCUCCUCUGCCCAUUCCCUGCCCGUUAUCUCCAACGAAACGUCCUCAUCGUGUCCUGUCAUCAAACGUGAGUUUACGGAAGAAGACGCUCGUCUCUUCGCUAAAGAUCGGAUCAAGAAGGACAAUCACAAUAUAAUUGAGCGGAGACGAAGGUACAAUAUAAACGAUCGAAUACGUGAGUUGGGACACCUCGUGCCAAAGUCGUCUGACCCAGAAUUGCGUUGGAAUAAAGGUUCCAUACUGAAAGCUGCAGUAGAUUACAUACAGCACUUACAAAACGACCAACAGAAACAUCGUGCACUUGAACAACGAAGUAAACAAAUGGAGACGAUGAAUAAGAAGUUACUGUUACGAGUUCAGGAACUCGAAAUGACGGUACAACAGUACGGUAUUAAUGUUGACAACAGCGAAAAACAAGGCAUGAUGAACCAGCUUCUUAACUUUAACACCGCCCCGACCGCGGGCAUGACGGACGGGAUGUUCACCGCAGAAGAGGAACACCACGUCGCAAAUUUCCCCACCAACGCCGUCUCGCCCCAGAACAGGUCGCCGGGUACAUUAACAUCACAAACAGCGGAAAUAAUAGUUUACCAACAGCCAGAGCAGGUAGCACCUGGUGCGAAUACGAACCCCGACCAGCAGUUUUUACACCAACAACAACAACAACAACAACAGUUAUUGACGGUCGACUCCACAAUCAUCAACGACCAACAACAGCCAAGUCUCUCCCCUAACCAUCAGAUGCAGGGUAACUUCUCCCCUGCUAACUAUAACCAGCAAUCACCUUUGGGCAGUGCAGCUUCUAGCACUCUCUCGCCAACACACAGUGAAAUGAACAUGCAACAACAACAACAACAGCAACAACAGCAACAAACACAACAGCAACAACAAGAACAGUCCAACACGUUAAAUUUAAAUCUUGACGAAGUAGAUAUGACAGCGUUUCAAUUUCCCGCAAAUAACGAUGCCGAUCCACUAACCAGUAUAAUGGGGGGCGGGUUCAGCUCCUUGCUGACUUCAGAGCCAAAUCAGUUUAAUGACGUCAUGAUGGUGGACGAUUACGGUCUUAUAAAAGACGAUAUAUUUCUGUCCGAUGCUAACCAGUGAUAUUAACUGCGUCUACGAAGCACAAGUCUUCUCUACCAAUCAACAUGACGCUGUAAGCUGAACAAGGAGCUUGUAACCUUUCCGUGACACCCGGUUAAAUGCCAGUUGCCACUCCAGUUGGCACCUGUGACGUUUUUUCUUACAAGGAAAAAGAUGGUUCAAAUUUGCUAUAGAGUUCUGUAUUAGGGUUUUAAAGCCAUUAUCGGCUUUUUUUAUACAAGAGUUCUAAAUUACAAAUCCUAAAAAGCUGAGACAUACGUUCUGUAUGUCGACGUACCUCUUUCUUUUUAAAAUCAAGUUUUCUUAAAUCCGUUUUUAUUUUUUAACCGAUAAUCAAAUUUUUACGCUUCAAUCUAACAGCCGCGCAAAUCGUGACCGAGUUUUUACCAGCGUGGUACUUUGACCAAUUCAUCUGUACAGUGAUGCAAUGUUCCCUGUUCUUAACUAACGCGAUGAGUUUUUACAGAAACGCUUUAUUUUUCUCAUAGCAAUAGCAGGCCCAAUUUUGGUGGCCGCUAACGCGUUGCAAUUUCGCCCUUUUUUUAUCGAAUCGCUUCGUUUUCGUUAAUAUUAUAUUUGCCAUACG